AUGGAGAGCAAAGGAUUACUCCGCUGUAAGAUUGUGGUUGUCGGUGAUUCACAGUGUGGAAAGACGGCUGUCCUUCAGGUUUUUGCCAAAGACUCGUACCCAGAGAAUUAUGUUCCCACGGUGUUUGAGAACUACACGGCCAGCUUCGAGAUCGACAAGCAGAGGAUUGAGCUCAACAUGUGGGACACUUCAGGUAGGCUGCCCUUUCAUCCUUUUAACACCCUGUAA